AUGUAUCGGCUAGCGAUGAAGACAUGGCUGGCGAUAGUGAUUGUUGUAGUUGGGACAAGCCUCUUCUUUGACACCGCCUCGGCUAGUUUCAUUGACGGCACCUGUCGAGGCGUAAUGGGUAAUCGUGACAUUUACAAGAAGGUAGUGCGUGUGUGUGAGGACUGCACCAAUAUCUUCCGACUUCCAGGCUUGGACGGCAUGUGCAGAGAUCGGUGCUUCUACAACGAAUGGUUCCUGAUUUGUCUAAAGGCUGCCAACAGGGAGGACGAGAUCGAAAAAUUCAAAGUUUGGAUCAGCAUCCUGAACGCCGGUCAGUGA